UGCCACCCCUACCCCCACCUCCCAACCCAGAUAAAUGCAUACCUACCUCUGAAGGCAAAAUUCGCUUGAGAGAUGUCGUUAAGAAAACAUCUCCUAAAAAUUGGUUUUCUAAACUUGGUGCAUCUUGAUAAAAUGACCCAGACUUAGAAUGAUGAAAUUCAGACGACCCUUGCAAAUAUCCUGCGGUACCUAAUGGUCUUUUAAUAUUAAUACUGCAAGAUAUUCUUUUAUUUCUUGUAAUACAUGUUUUCCUACUACAAAUUCGGAGUAUAAAAUGUGGCCGUAAACUGGCAAAACCACUUGUAAACAUGAGAAAUUUGGACAAGAAACUAAAGUUAGCUCGAGAGUUAGCUCCAGUUUGUUAUGCAUUUAAAUUAAAUGUCGACCGAAGACACAAAUAUUCUGUGCCGAAGAUGAAACGGCUUUACCCGAACUUAAACCAUUACGUGACAGUAAUAUACCUGGAAAAACCACCGAAAAAGUAAUUAAAAAAGGAAACUACUUCACAAAAUACAAUACCAAAUCAACUCAGUAUUGUUAUAAUAUACUUUAAGAUAAUUUUUGAUGAAAUAAAUUCUCAAAAGGAUACAAAAAUAUCCUUUAACUAAUCAUCAACUCUCGCAGAAAUUUUAAAAUCUACCCCCACGAAGAUGGACCGAAUACAACACGGUACUUACCGAAGUUCAUGUAAACACCAAAACACUGCAGUAUGAAAAGUCUUUCUGGUCGUUUUGCAAAAAAUAAAAUAAUCUGGUCCACACUUCGUCUGAUUCCUGUGCUGUUAGGAGUUUCCAAGGCCUCGGAACACUGUUAUUCAACUGACCCGAGCUGCAAAGAUAGUACAAAAGAGAAUUUAGUUUUAAAAAGCGAAAAACAGAGCAAAGAAUAUCAUUCAGGCAUGGAAUGGCGAUCCCAUGGACGAGAUAAUGAUGACCUAAUCAGUCAAUUAAAAAACUAUGGCAUAAUUAAGAGUGGUGAGGUGGAGAAGGCCAUGCGCAAUGUUGAUCGAGGCAACUAUUGUCCACGCACGCCAUACCAAGAUUCACCGCAACCCAUAGGUUUUGGUGUUACCAUCAGCGCACCACACAUGCAUGCACAUGCAUUGGAGAUUUUGAAAAAUAAUAUUAAGGAUGGCAGUAAAGUGCUCGAUGUGGGCUCUGGUAGGUGGUAGCUACUAUAGCUUGUCAUGUACCAGUAAUGAUGGUAGCACAGUAUACCAUUGACUAGUGUACAUUACUGGCAUAUACCCCCACACCCCUGGAAAUUUACAUUCACCCGCCUGCCAUACAAGCCAGCGGCAGAUCUACUGUGUGGGUGCAGGGGUUUCUGCACCCUACCUGGUGGUGUUAGGACCCCCCCCCCCACCCCCCUAGAGAAGUCCAACGCCACCCUAAAAAAUCUGCUUUCAGACCAUACAUUUUCUGCUUUUCAAAUGCAUUUUCUGCUUUUCAAACAUGUCGAGGUUGUUAUACAGCCAUAUUCUGAAAUAUACUGCACUUGAACAAGCAAAUUUACUGUUCUGUGCUACAGCAACUGUCCAGUCACACAUACAUGAUAAAAAGCCGAUAUAAACUUUAUAAACAAAAGAUAAUGUGAAAUGUAACAGAACGGUAAGCAUGCAGAUUCAGCCAUUUCAAAUAAUGGUGUUGGGAUAGUAGCAUUGCACACUACAGAGAGUGCACAAUAAGGCUCCCUCAUGCACCACCCCAUGGAAAACCUGCACCCCUCCUUGCAGACGAGGCUAGAUCUGCCCCUGAUACAAGUUAAUAUCCACUCUUGCAAAGUUUCAGUGUUGUGCGGUACACAAGACUACUAUACAUACAAUGAAAAAACUUCAAUGUUAUUUUCUGACCCUGAUAAUUACAGCUUGACCACCAUCAGCUGCAAGAAAGUGCUCAGGGAAAGCUGCAAACUAAAAUUACGGAUCGAAAGCUUUGCAGUAAUAAAUUUACAUGGUGUUUCCACAAACAAAAACAAUUAAACUAAAAUUGUUUUCCUUACCUUCAAAGGCAGUGGGUAUCUGUGUGCAUGUAUAGCACAAAUGGUUGGAAAAUCUGGCAAGGUCAUUGGGAUUGAUCAUCUCCAAGGCUUGGUAGAUUUAUCAAGAGAAAAUAUUUUAAAGAAAGACAAAUACUUAUUGGACGAUGGUCGAGUUAAACUGUUGUUUGGUGAUGGCUGGGAUGGUUGCACUGAUGGUAGGUGGCCGGUAGAACAGUUUAGAACUGAUAGAGCUAUCAAGUAGAAAUAAAUAAUUUGUGUCAUCUUCAUUCCAGAGGCUCCGUUUGAUGCAAUCCACGUGGGGGCAGCAGCCGCGACCGUGCCGCAGGCGUUGGUCGACCAGUUGAAACCAGGUGGCAGGCUGUUCAUACCAGUCGGUGCUGAGCAUGGUGAUCAAUACCUUGAACAGAUCGAUAAGCAACCAGAUGGUAGCAUCGCACGCAAACGCCUGAUGGGUGUUCGUUAUGUACCUCUUGUUAAUAAGGAACAGAAGACCUAAAAUACAGUCUAUAUAUUUUGUUUUAUAUAAUGUCUGAUGCCUAAUGUAUAAUCUGUGUUUGUCUUGUGUUAAUAAAACUUGAUAGUUUUGAUACCUGUAAAAGUUUGUAAUGCUAUAUGGUAAACUAACCAAAGGAAACGUCAAAGUUAUUUAUAGAUACUUACCUACUAAUAGAUUUAAUUAUCACACUUUUUUAUUCAAUGUUAGCACGCUAUAAGUACCAGAAAUGAAGCAAGCAGGUCAUAGUGAAUUAGUACACAGCAUUCAGGGACUGUCUAUAUUUUACAAACGAUGACACAAGCAUUAUUUUUAAGAACAGAAAAUUUGAACAGGAAUGUAUGGAAUUUUCCAAGCCUCAAUCCAAUGCAAAUCUCCAUAUCUUUUCAAACAAAAUUUUGAAGUUCACGUUUUUAAAAAUAGCACCCAUGAGUGGCACAGUUUUCAAAAUAAUUGCCUCCAAAUAUUUUGUACUUACUAACUUCGACUUGCUCUUUUCAUUUCUGCCAUUAAUAAGGAGCUAACAUCACAUUUUAUAUCGACUCAAAAAGCAUGACGACAAUAAAAUUUCUACUAAAUGAAACUUCAGACAACCCGCAGAAAAUUUAAUUUAUUUUAUAUCAAUAUAUUUAUAUAUAAUUUAGGACAUUAUUUUUUUGGAGGUAUUAGACAACAGCCCGGAUUAAGACAGAUGGAUAAUCAGACAGACAAAUGAUUAUGCCUUUUCAAGGAUGAUUUGUCUGCAGUAUAAAUGAAGCCAAUUUUUAUACAAAUAGGAAAAUUAAUUUGUUAGCUAGGUUUGACCUACAGUCUAAUUAUGGUUAUCUAUUGUUACAAUUAAGCGAUGAUUAGGGUUUAUGGUAGGUUAGUGGCGAAGCUAGCCAUGGUAAGUCAUGGUCAUGAUAUGUUAGUAAACUUGCAUUUAGAUACUGUAGGUUAGAAGAAGAAAAUCAUGACCAGCCGACAAUUUAAAAAAAUGAAGUAAAAAACAAAUUCCAAAAAGACGAGACAUCUUGAGAAUUCAAUAUAUGAUUCAAAACAAGAAAACUGUAAAUUUUCGACUUUAUUUCAAAGAUGACUUUGAAAUAAAGUCGAAAAUUUACAGUCUCAACCUGGGUCUUGUUUUGAAUCAUAUAUUGAAUUCUCAAGAUGUCUUGUCUUUUCGGAAUUUGUUUUUUAUUUUAGAUAAGUUAGCGACAAUACAUCUCUAAAGGUUUGAAAUAUGCAAAUCAUUACAAAUUUACAUAGCAUGACCUGUUGCUAUGGCCUAGCUUCGCCACUGGUUUAGGUAAGAAUUAGGAUUUAUAAUCACCUGCCCCCAUGUAUGUAUUUUUGACACAAUCAUAAAUGAGUGAAUUACGAUAAUCUAUCUAUUCUAUUUCAUCAAACAUUUACUAAAUGUUGCCUCGUUUCCAUGUCAUCAGAAACUGAGUCACCUGAUGUAUCGCAUUGUACCCCUUGACCUGGUUGAGCGAGUCCAUUGUUGUCGAUGCCGUCAUCGACUCUGACGUCAUCAGCUCUGACGUUAUCACCGGCCAUGACGACAUCAACCCCGAGGUCAUCAGAUCUGACGUUAUCACUUAUUAUUUCAUCAUUUGUCACGUCAUUGUUCACGACAUCAUCACGUAAGACGUCAUUGCUGACGUCAUUGUCGGUGACGCUAUCAUCGUCGUACUCGCCAUGAUUCAGUAAAGUUCUGUUCUCCUCAGAGUGACCAGUAACGGUGGCUUUUACAACCGCUCUGUCUUUGAUUAAAUAAAAUGAAGCGAUAAGGAAACAUGCUCCUGAUAAUGCAGUUACAAAAGGCAUCAUGAAGAAGGAGUAGAGUAGUCCUCGGUGUUCGGCUGCGAACGACGUACUGGAACCUUUGAUACGAUCGGUCACCUGGAAUGUGAAAACGUUCGUCGUCCGUUAUUAGACAGAUUUAGAUCGAGGACGCGAACGUCAAAGACGACGUGAAAAUGGCGUGUUGUGCCCAUGUAUGGAU